UGUGAUGGAGCCCACCGCCGGGAGCGACGAGAGUGGGGAAGGCGCGGCCCCAGGGCCAUGUUUGAAUAGGAUUUCGGUGCCUCGACCUCCCUCCAUUGAGGACUUCAACAUAGUGAAGCCCAUCAGCCGUGGCGCUUUCGGGAAGGUGUAUCUGGGGCAGAAAGGAGGCAAGUUGUAUGCGGUGAAGGUUGUCAAAAAAGCAGAUAUGAUCAACAAAAAUAUGACUCAUCAGGUACAAGCUGAAAGGGAUGCACUGGCACUAAGCAAAAGUCCUUUUAUUGUCCAUUUGUACUAUUCACUGCAGUCAGCAAGCAAUAUCUACUUGGUAAUGGAAUAUCUUAUUGGUGGAGAUGUUAAGUCUCUCCUACACAUAUAUGGUUAUUUUGACGAAGACAUGGCUUUGAAAUACAUAUCUGAAAUAGCACUGGCUCUAGACUACCUUCAUAGACAUGGAAUCAUCCACAGGGAUUUGAAACCAGAUAAUGUGCUUAUUUCUAAUGAAGGUCAUAUUAAGCUAACAGAUUUUGGCCUUUCCAGAGUUACUUUGAAUAGAGAUAUUAAUAUGAUGGAUAUCCUCACAACACCAUCAAUGGCUAAACCAAGACAAGAUUAUUCAAGAACCCCUGGACAAAUAUUAUCUCUCAUUAGUUCUUUGGGAUUUUUCACACCAAUUACAGAAAAAAAUCAAGACUCUGCAAAUAUCCUUUCAACCCAUCUAUCUGAAACAUCACAGCUUUCUCAAGGAGCAAUUUCUCCUAUGUCUAUAGAUCAGAAGGUCACUACUCCUUAUUCUAGUAAACCACUGAAGCCAUGUCUUGAACCAGUUGCCUCUAACCCUGGAAUACCUGUGAAGUGUCUAACUUCUAAUCUACUUCAGUCUAGGAAAAGAUUGGCUACCUCAAGUGCAAGCAGUCAGUCCCACACCUUUAUAUCAAGUGUGGAAUCUGAAUGCCAGAGCAGUCCCAGAUGGGAAAAGGAUGUCCAGGAAAGUAAUGAUGCAUUGGGUUCUGCAGUGAUGAGUUGGAACACAGUUGAAAAGCCUUUAUGUAUAAAAUCUACAAACUCUAUUGAGACCAAAAGUUUCACUGACACAGAUCUUGAGUUAGCCCUUUCUCCCAUUCAUAAUAGUAGUGCUAUUCCUGCCUCUGGAAGCUCUUGUGAAAACCUUGCCAAGAACUGCUUGUCCGAGGAAGUUUCUUGGGAAACAAGAGAACUGGAUCUAAGUCACAUGGCCACUGACACGAGACAGUCUGAUUUUGAUCAGUCAAAUCAGAGGGCUAUGGAUACUGGUGAUAUGUCUGAAGAGCACCUUGGGAAAAGAAGUUUUAAAAGAAAUUUUGCAUUGGUUGACUCCAGCCCUUGUCAGGAAAUUAUACAGAAUAAGAAAAAUUGUGUAGACUGUAAGCGUAGUAAUGAAAUAAGAGAUUGUGAUUCAAAUCAAAGCACAGGCUUAACAAUUGAAAUCCAGGAUCUUAAGUUAUCAGCAAAUAGAAGUCAGCAAAAUGACUGUGCUAGUAAGAACAUGGCCAGUUCUUUUACUGAGAAACAGCAUACACCAGAAAAAUCACCUAUCCCAAUGAUAGCAAAAAACCUUAUGUGCGAACUGGAUGAAGAUUGUGACAAGAAUAAUAAGAAGGACUACUUAAGUUCUAGUUUUCUUUGUUCUGAUGAUGAUAGACCUCCUAAAAGUGUUUCUAUGGACUCCGAUCCACCUUUUCCUGAAAUUUUUGUCAUGGAAAGUCCGUUGGAAAGGCAGUUGUUAGCGCCAGAUAAAAGCAUCAAGGAAUCUUCUUUUGAAGGAUCAAAUAUUGAAGACCUACUUACUGGAUCAUCCAGCUGCCAAGAAAAUACCUUAUCAAAAGAAGAUGAAAAUCUUGCUGUCCAGGACAGUAACCAAAAAAUGUCAGCUCCUUCUUUAGAGGUGUUGAAAACAUUAACCUCAUCCAAAAGAAAUGUUGUUGCUUUUCGAAGUUUUAACAGUCACAUAAAUGUAUCCAAUAACUCAGAACCAUCCAAAAUGAGUGUUUCUUCCUUAGAUGCCAUGGAUGUUUCCUUUGCUUAUAGUGGUUCAUAUCCCAUGGCUAUAACCCCAAAUCAAAAAGGAAGAUCUUGUAUUCCAUACCAGACCCCACAGCAAGUCAAGUCAGAGACUCCAUACCGAACCCCAAAGAGUGUGAGAAGAGGGGCAGCUCCUGUGGAUGAUGGGCGGAUCCUUGGGACCCCAGACUACCUUGCCCCUGAGCUGUUGUUGGGCAGAGCUCAUGGACCUGCAGUAGACUGGUGGGCACUUGGAGUUUGCUUAUUUGAGUUUCUGACAGGAAUUCCCCCUUUUAAUGAUGAAACACCACAACAAGUGUUCCAGAAUAUUCUGAAAAGAGAUAUUCCUUGGCCAGAAGGUGAAGAAAAGUUAUCUGAUAAUGCUCAGAGUGCAGUCGAGGCACUUUUAACCAUUGAUGAUACAGUGAGAGCUGGGAUGAAAGAGCUGAAAUGCCAUCCUCUCUUCAGUGAUGUGGACUGGGAAAAUCUGCAGCAUCAAACUAUGCCUUUCAUACCCCAACCAGAGAAUGAAACAGAUACAUCCUAUUUUGAAGCCAGGAAUAAUGCUCAGCACCUGACUGUAUCUGGAUUUAGUCUAUAGCACAUAAUUCUUCCCUUUAACUUUGAAAUCACAAGCUUAUGUAACUAUAUACUUAAUACUAGGUUGAUCUAAGGGGAGAAGAAUCACUGUUCUACCU